AUGUUGGGCAUUCAGAAGGUCAAGCUCUUUAUUUGGUUCUGUGCUUUAUGCGUUGCCAUGGAUUUACUGAGCGAUCUGAACAAUAUUUCACAAAUAUGUGUACUCGAAGAAUGCUUAGUGAUGGUAAAUUAUUACUUUUCCGAUAUAACGCUUGUCAUGAUAGUUUGCGGGAUAUUGGGAGAUGCUUAUUGCAAAUUAAGGGAUUACAACAAAGCCACUGAAUAUUACGAAAAGAGCCUUGGUAUUGCUAAAAACAUUGGUGAAAGAGAGUUUGAAGAAAAUCUGUACGGCAACUUAGGAAAUGUGUAUAACUCACUAAGAGAAUAUCACAAGGCUAUUGAAUAUCAUGAAAAGAGCCUCAACAUUGCGAAAGAGAUUGGUGACAGAGCAGGACAAGGAAGCAGUUACGGAAACUUAGGACUUGCGUAUGACUCAUUAGGAGAAUAUCACAAGGCUAUUGAAUAUCAUGAAAAAAGCCUUAGCAUUGCAAAAAGAGGAGAAUAUCACAAAGCUAUUGAAUAUCAUGAAAAGAGCCUCAACAUUGCGAAAGAGGUUGGUGACAAAGCAGGACAAGGAAGAUGCUACGUAAACUUAGGAAAUGACUACCAAUCAGUAGGAGAAUAUUACAAGGCAAUUGAAUAUUUGGAAAAAAGCCUUAACAUUGCCCAAAACAUCGGUGAUAGAGAAGUUGAAGGAAAGGUGUUGUUAAAUUUUGGAGAAAACUAUUUUUUAAUAGGAGACUAUCACAAGGCGAUUGAAUAUCAUGAAAAAAGCCUUAGUAUUGCAAAAGAGAUUGGUGACAGAGCAGGAGAAGGGCCAAGUUACGGAAGAGUAGGAAAUGCCUAUUUUUCAUUAGGAGAAUAUCACAAGUCAAUUGAAUAUCACGAAAAGAGCCUAAGCAUUGCAAAAGAGAUUGGUGACAGAGCUUUAGAAGGAGCUUGCUAUGGAGUUUUCUACAUGAAAGAAUCAAGCAUUAAAAACCUCGACAAAGCUGAAGAACAUCUCCRAAACAGCAUUGAUUGCUAUGAAAAGAUGUUUGAUGACUUGAAAGAAAAAGACCAAUUAAAGAUAUCUUUUGUUGAUACCUAUGUAAAUAGCUACAAGCUGCUUACCAGGCUUCAACUCGAGACUAAACAGAUAGAAAAAUCCUGCUGGUAUGUGAGAGAGGACGAGGCYGUGCAUUAA